AUGUUAUCCGAUUACAGCCGAUCCGAGAUCAUUGAGAGGGAAUGCUUAGAUCCCUUCGACAGCCCCGAAAGUGAAGCAUUUGAUUUUUUUGUUAACGAAGUUCUCUGCAUUGGCAAAGGUUGCCCAUAUUCAUGUGUAAAGAGAGCCCCUCAUGCAUUCUCAUACGAUCCUUCGACCGGAACAGCACGUGCAACUUCUCAAGGACAUGGUGAAGAUUAUCGAGUUCAGCUUGCAGUUGGUCAGUGUCCGAGAAAUUGCAUCCAUUUUGUGACACCUUCACAAAGAAUCAUUCUGGAGGAGUUACUUGAUAGCAUCUUGAACGUGCCUUUCGACAUUUCAGCAGAAGCAGACUUGCUUUAUUCUAUAGUUAAAGCCAAGUUCGAAAAUAAUAGGUACCAAAAGCCGAAGAAGCAACCGAAAACUUCCACCAAAAAUGUUGAUUGGUUUUGA